AUGGUGGAGGCUGAGAUCCACCUAUCACCUGUGAGCUCUUACCCCACCCCGCUCCCUUUCCAGAUCCACCUGUCACCUGUGAGCUCUCACCCCACCCCGCCCCCUUUCCAGAUCCACCUGUCACCUGUGAGCUCUCACCCCACCCUGCCCCCUUUCCAGAUCCACCUGUCACCUGUGAGCUCUCACCCCACCCCGCCCCCUUUCCAGAUCCACCUGUCACCUGUGAGCUCUCACCCCACCCCGCCCCCUUUCCAGAUCCACCUGUCACCUGCGAGCUCUCACCCCACCCUGCCCCCUUUCCAGAUCCACCUGUCACCUGUGAGCUCUCACCCCACCCCGCCCCCUUUCCAGAUCCACCUGUCACCUGUGAGCUCUCACCCCACCCCGCCCCCUUUCCAGAUCCACCUGUCACCUGUGAGCUCUUACCCCACCCCGCCCCCUUUCCAGAUCCACCUGUCACCUGUGAGCUCUCACCCCACUCUGCCCCCUUUCCAGAUCCACCUGUCACCUGUGAGCUCUCACCCCACCCCGCCCCCUUUCCAGAUCCACCUGUCACCUAUCCACCUGUCACCUGUGAGCUCUCACCUCACUCCGCCCCCUUUCCAGAUCCACCUAUCACCUGUGAGCUCUUACCCCACCCCGCUCCCUUUCCAGAACCACCUGUCACCUAUCCACCUGUCAGCUGUGAAAUCUCACCCCACCCCGCCCCCUUUCCAGAUCCACCUAUCACCUGUGAGCUCUUACCCCACCCCGCCCCCUUUCCAGAUCCACCUAUCACCUGUGAGCUCUUACCCCACCCCGCCCCCUUUCCAGAUCCACCUGUCACCUAUCCACCUAUCACCUGUGAGCUCUUACCCCACCCUGCCCCCUUUCCAGAUCCACCUGUCACCUGUGAGCUCUCACCCCACCCCGCCCCCUUUCCAGAUCCACCUGUCACCUGUGAGCUCUCACCCCACCCCGCCCCCUUUCCAGAUCCACCUGUCACCUAUCCACCUGUCACCUGUGAGCUCUCACCCCACCCCGCCCCCUUUCCAGAUCCACCUAUCACCUUUACGGGACGUGGAUUGCUAUUGGCAACGCCAGCAUUUGUUGUACAUCGUCAACUGGCCCGGAAUUGACGAGACAGCCAGGAGUCAGCGACUGUGGUAG